AUGCAAAAGGCAAUGAAAAGCUCAGAAUAUAUAAAAGCUAACAAUGACUGGUUAGAUGCCCAAGCCAACGCUAAAGCAGCCCAACUCAUAGGGUCAAUAAGGACAAAAAUACAAGCGGAUGAAGAUAGUUCAAAUGAAGCUUUAACAAAUGCUGACUUUAAGAACGCUUUCGAAGCUCUUCAUAGUAAGGUGAAACAAGUGAACGACUUCUCAUCUGGAAAGAAACUGAAGUCUGAAGGUUUCGACAAAGAGUUAAAAGAAGUAGCACAAAAUAUGACGAAAAUAACAGAUGCAGCAACGAGACAGGCAGUUCAAAGUGCCUAUGACGCCGUUAGAGCAACUGUUGUGAAAAGUCAAGAAAAAGAGUUACAACAGACCAAAACAGACCUAGUAAAUGCUUUCUUAAAAACGAAAAGUCAGGUAGGACAUUAUGCUGCAGAUGGAACAUAUGUGCCAGCUGGUGGAACUUAUAUACCACCAAACCCUCCAAGAGAAGCACCUGCACCAGGACUACCUAAAACAUUUACAUCGUCACAUGGACAUAGACACAGGCAUGCACCAAAACCAACACAACAACCAACAGUUCAAAACCCUGCACAACAACAACAACAACAACAACCAACACAACAACCAACAGUUCAAAACCCUGCACAACAACCAACACAAACAGAGCAAGGACAUAAAAGAAGUAGAGAACAAGGAAACCAAGAAUUCUUAAAAAUGCUUAAAGAAGAGUGUGGUUUCCCAGAUACUGUUGACUUUAGUGACAGAUAUAAAGAAGCUAUUAGAAAGUUCAAGGAAGGAAAUACUGACCCGAACCUAUUUAGCUUUAUGGCUCAGCACCAAAACGGAUAUAAUCUCAAACCUGGAAAAUACAAGCUCGCUAAGGGAUAUGAUUUAAUAGCAUAUCAUCCAAAUGACAUGAACGAAUUUACUCCGAGAUAUUUGAUGUCAGAGCUAAAUGACAAUUCAACUUUCGUCAUGAAACGCGUAAAAAAUAGAGACGGAACGAAAGAACAAAAGCUUAUGAAUGCGGAUGACGUAGAUAGGGAAAUUGUUGAAAACGGUCUCGGAAUAUAUGAAAUGCCAGCAGAUGAGGUACAAGAAACUCCACAGGAAGAAGUUCAGAUACAACCAGACAUGGAAGAAAUAGUUCAGCAACAACAGCUAGAAGAGCCUGAAGGAAACGAACAA